UGCUGGGCGCUAUCGCCCGCCGGGUAGCAACUAACUCUCGUCCUUGUCCCUGUCCCCGUCCAACCACGAACCAUCCAUCCCUCCCCAUCCCGGCGCCAUCCACGUGGCGCGAGAAGGGAGAGAGACGCCGCCCACCUACUGCCGUCACGUCCCGUCCGUGGUCCUCCCGUGCCGUGCCGUGCCUCCCAGGAACUGAGCUGGGCCUGGCUUGGCAGUGGGCAGCCCGGGCACCGCGUCCGCGACUCCGCGUCUCCGCCUGCAACUGCAAAGAGUAUAGAAGGCACGCGGCGAAGCGGCCAGGAGUUCCUCCUCGCCCCGCGUUGAGUUGCCAGCACGGCCCCUCCCUCUCGUUCUCCUCGACUCCUCCCCGUCGCGGCAGCCAGCCAGCAGGCAUCGUGAUCGUCUGCCCUGGUUCCCGCCCUCGCUCCAUCCCCCGGCACCCCCGCACGGGACGCGCGUGUGGACGUUCUUCGCCUCCGCGACAGGCUUGCGCCCCGGCUCGGCUCGGGUCUGCCUCCACUGCGGCCUUCCUGGAUCUCGGCCGCCGCUCCUCCAUAUUAUAACAUAUCACAGAACUAUCAGACAAGGAUGGCGACUUACGAGCCCAAGAACAUUCUCAUCACCGGUGCUGCUGGUUUUAUUGCAUCGCAUGUCACCAACUGUCUGGUUAGGAACUACCCGCACUACAAGAUUGUUGUCCUCGACAAGCUCGAUUACUGCUCCAGCCUAAAGAACCUCAACCCCUCACGGGCUUCACCAAAUUUGAAGUUUGUCAAGGGUGACAUUGCAAGUGCUGAUCUGGUGAACCACCUUCUGGUCACAGAGUCGAUUGACACCAUCAUGCACUUUGCUGCUCAGACUCAUGUAGAUAAUUCAUUUGGCAAUUCAUUUGAGUUCACAAAAAACAAUAUAUAUGGUACCCACGUCCUUCUUGAGGCUUGCAAGGUCACUGGCCAGAUCAGGAGGUUUAUUCAUGUCAGUACUGAUGAGGUCUAUGGAGAAACUGAUGAAGAUGCUGUGGUUGGUAAUCAUGAGGCCUCACAGCUGCUUCCAACAAAUCCGUAUUCAGCUACAAAAGCUGGGGCUGAAAUGCUUGUGAUGGCAUAUGGAAGAUCUUAUGGUCUUCCUGUGAUAACCACUCGGGGCAACAACGUGUAUGGGCCAAAUCAGUUCCCUGAGAAACUUAUUCCCAAAUUCAUUCUUUUGGCCAUGAGAGGUCUGCCUCUUCCAAUUCAUGGAGAUGGUUCCAAUGUCAGGAGCUACCUAUAUUGUGAGGAUGUGGCUGAAGCUUUUGAGGUUGUUCUUCACAAAGGGGAGGUUGGACAUGUGUAUAAUAUUGGUACUGUGAAGGAGAGGAGGGUGAUUGAUGUGGCCAAAGACAUUUGCAGGCUCUUUGGCUUGGAUACUGAGAAAGUAAUCAGGUUUGUUGAGAACAGGCCCUUCAAUGACCAGAGGUACUUCUUGGAUGAUCAGAAGCUUAAGAGACUGGGAUGGGCAGAGCGCACACCAUGGGAAGAGGGCUUGAAGAAGACAAUCGAGUGGUACACCACCAAUCCUGAUUACUGGGGAGAUGUCACUGGUGCUUUGCUCCCUCACCCAAGGAUGUUGAUGAUUCCUGGAGUUGAAAGGCAUAACUGGACUGAGGAUAUCAAAUCUCUGACUUCUUCACCAGCUGAAGCUAGCACAACAGCUCCUGCAACCAGUGCCAAAAGGACCACUGCUGCCCCUCAAAAGCCUUUGUACAAGUUCUUAAUCUAUGGCAGGACUGGAUGGAUUGGUGGCCUCCUUGGGAAGAUUUGUGACAAGCAAGGGAUACCAUAUGAAUAUGGGAAAGGACGCUUGGAGGAGCGCUCUCAGCUGUUGGAGGACAUUAGAAAUGUGAAGCCAACUCAAGUUUUUAAUGCUGCCGGAGUCACUGGGAGACCAAAUGUUGAUUGGUGUGAGACCCAUAAACAGGACACCAUCCGCACCAAUGUUGUAGGCAUAUUGAAUCUUGCUGAUGUCUGUCGCGAGCAAGGUCUGCUAAUGAUUAAUUAUGCUACAGGUUGUAUAUUUGAGUAUGAUGCCAAGCACCCGGAAAGGUCUGGUAUUGGCUUUAAAGAGGAAGACACACCCAACUUUACGGGUUCCUUUUAUUCCAAAACAAAAGCAAUGGUGGAAGAGCUGUUGAAGGAGUAUGAUAAUGUCUGUACUCUUAGGGUCAGGAUGCCUAUAUCAUCAGAUCUAAACAAUCCUCGUAACUUCAUCACAAAGAUAGCUCGUUACGACAAGGUGGUGAACAUUCCCAACAGCAUGACAAUUUUGGAUGAGCUUCUGCCCAUCUCCAUUGAGAUGGCAAAACGGGACUGCAGGGGCAUAUGGAACUUCACCAACCCUGGCGUUGUCAGCCACAAUGAGAUUCUGGAGAUGUACAAGAAAUACAUCAAUCCUGAUUUUAAGUGGACCAACUUCACACUCGAAGAGCAAUCCAAGGUCAUAGUCGCACCUAGAAGCAACAAUGAGAUGGAUGCGUCGAAAUUGAAGGCCGAGUUCUCUCAACUGAUGUCCAUCAAGGAUUCUUUGAUCAAAUAUGUCUUUGAGCCUAACAGGAAGGUUCCAGCUAAUUGAGGAUUUAGGAUAAGAAGGGCAUCGAGGUAUUAGUUACUAUUAAACAUUAAAUUAGCUAUAAUGUUUGUCAAUUUUUUUAUGCAUCGUAUUUUAACAGAACACGUAGAUGUCCUUAUGUUCUAUAUAGUGGAUGAUGUGUUGAGAUGUGGUUAUGGACAACACAAUAAGUCGUUCUGUUGUGCAUUUUAAUUAUUUGUUGCAAUGUGCUUUCUUUUCUUUCUCUUUUUCUUCUGAAAUUUGUUUAUGGUGUUUGUAUGCCAAAAUCAAAUAAUCUCCGUUUAGAUA